UGGCGGACGGUAACGAGACGUUUCCUACUUGGCGUAUCGUUAUCUUACCACCACACGAUCCGAUUUGGACCGUCGCACCGCCGACAUCGGCCGCAUGUGCGUGACAUUUCGUGUCAGCGUUCAGCGUUUCAGCGGGAACGUUCCUAUUCGGCGAGUCAACGUAUAAAUUGUACGCCACCGGCUAUAGAAGAUUUUCCACACGACUUGUUUGAUGAAGAGCAAAGACAAGGCGGUGCUGUUGUCGUACACGUCAUCGUAUCGCUUUACUUAUUUAUCGCUUUAGCAGUAGUAUGCGAUAAAUUUUUCGUACCUGCUGUAGAAAAAAUAUGUCACGGUAAGAAUUGCAAUAUGUAUCUUUCAUUAUUAAUUCUAUGUUGCACGUACAUGGCGGCGGCGACAUCGGCCCCAGAAUUAUUCGUGAAUGCCAUCGGAACAUUCAUCACGGAAGGUGACAUUGGUGUCGGGACGAUAGUAGGUUCCGCAGUAUUCAACAUCCUAGCUGUUCCAGCAUGCUGCGGCAUCGGUGCGGGAAUGGUGGUGCCUCUGGAUUGGUGGCCUGUUAGUAGAGAUUGUCUUGCUUAUGGUGUCACAGUCGCAAUUUUGAUAUGCAUUAUACACGACGAGCGAGUGGAAUGGUACGAAGCAUUAACGUUGGUGCUAUUGUACAUUGUUUAUAUUGCCGUGAUGUACUGGGAUAAAUCGUUCCAGCGGUGUACGAGGUUCCGUACAAGCGAGGAUCAGAUAUCCUCGGACAGCCGACGCGUUACGACAGAUUCUAGCGACGUUCACUUACCAAGACCGGACAAGCUACAAUCGCCCGGCGAUCGUGUGGAACAGAUAGCCACUAUCGACGUGCCGUUACAAAAUGGCGGGACGAAAACGCAAGAGGAGAAUCCAGAUCCUGAUUAUGAGUACGAGCUCUUGGUAUGGCCAGCGCAUGCUGGAUGGUUAAGAAAAACCGCUUGGGUCACAACAUGGCCCAUCCAUCUGGUAUUCAUGUGCACAAUCCCCGAUUGCGAGAAACCACGAUUCAAAAAUUGGUUCCCCGUCACAUUCGUGAUGUGCAUCAUAUGGAUUGGAUCUCUCAGCUACGUGGUAGCGUGGAUGAUCACUAUAAUUGGAGACACGCUGAAGAUUCCAGAUUCUGUAAUGGGCAUCACUUUUCUUGCGGCAGGCACGAGCGUACCCGAAGCCGUAUCGAGUGUAAUCGUCGCGAAACAAGGACACGGCUCGAUGGGUAUCAGCAAUUCGAUAGGAUCCAACACGUUCGAUAUAUUAUUGUGCCUCGGACUACCUUGGCUGAUCAAAUCAUCCUUCUCGCCCACUCAACCUGGCAGGCAUUACAUAAGUAUAAAUUCUGGAGGACUGGAGUACAGUGCGAUAUCGUUGCUAUCAACCCUCAUGCUGCUGUACAUCGCGUUCGCCUCCAACAAGUUUCAGCUCGACACAAAAGUGGGCCGCGCCUGUCUAUGCAUGUACGCCGUGUUCCUCAUACUGGCAUCGCUGAUCGAGCUCAACGUAUUCUUCAUGGUAAAUCUUCCCACCUGCCAAAGGACGGUGAAAUGAUCGAGGAUAUCCGAACGAUGACCCGCCCGUAAUGAUGUCCGGGCGCGGCCCCACUCGCAAUCCGCGCCGGAAAUGUUCUUCCUCCCCUCUCCCCUCCCGCGGACUUAUCGAGAGACCCGAGCUUGAGCGAGGGGUGUUUAUUUCCAGUUACACGGGACAGCAAACCAUCCUGUGUACAGUUUUAAUAUCAACAAUGUUAUCGCGUUAGAACCAUGACAUGUAAUGCAUUUUUUAUUUACUUACUUGCUCUAAAGUCUGUCUAUCCCUUCUGUUUUCUCUUCUCUUCACCUGUCAUACUAUUCAUUCUCAAAAUCCAUCUUUAACUAUUAGAAUCUCUUUGCAUCGUCUGACAUAAACAUUUUACACGUUCUCUUUCUCUGCCUCUUCCCCUGUAAUUCCCUUCUUUCUUCCCUUCCAGAUUUUUCUUUCUCAUCUCGUUUUCCUCAUUUCUUAUUUGAAUUAAUAUAAUUUUUAUUUGUAUAAAAUUUUCUUUUUCUCUCCUCCCUUUUCUUCGCUUAUUUUUCUCUUAAGGUAUGAUCACUGUGCUUACGGCCAUAUUGCGUGCGCCGAAAGAUCAACAACUUACGAUUAGCCACAGUAACGAGCCAUGGAUCUCAUAUCACACGAUCGAGAAUUCGUCCAGGAAUGUAAAAUCCUCUCUGAAUAAUUUGGCAAUUAUAACGAGCGAUAGAGCUCGGAUGGGAUCGUAGAAAGGUGCUCUGCGACUGUGUCUAAUUGUAUAUGAGUGCGCGAGAAAGACUGCCGGUUCCGUUUAGCAUUCUUCGCAGACUUCGACAUCGAAGUGUAAGCGAAAAUUUUUAUGCGUGUGAAACGUUCAUUCACCCGAUUCAGCCGCCAAUCGUGAUCCGGCACAAGCGUCCGUUCCGACGAUACGCGGCAAACUCUCCGUACAGAACUUCACUUGCUGUUAAUAUAAAUAUAGCGCUGCACAGAGUUGCGUGCGCGCGCGCUCAGUGAAAGAUUUACUUCCAUUUUAGUUCUCGUAUCUCCACUGAGAACUGUCGCGUAUAUUCGAUGAAACAGCAAAGAUUUUUUCCAUUUCCAAGAUUGUGCAUCUUUUUACGCUGUGAAACGUAAUUAAUGUAAAAAACAAAACACACAUGAAAUCGAACCGCUGUGAAUAAACCGUCGAAAAAAAACUGUCACGCGCGAUACCUUUCUGCGUUACACCUUCACAUUGCGACACACAAAUCUGUGACUGUAAAUGUGUCUAGAUAAAACCGUAACUUAACAUUUAAUAAAGUACUGUAAUAAGUUAUUAAAAUAAUA